AUGGCACCGGUGUUGACGUUGCCAACAGGUUUGGGUGACUUUAUAGUUUACUGUGAUGCCUCUAGAUUUUGGUUGGGUUGUGUCUUGAUGCAGAAAGGUAAGCAGUACUUGUACGGUGAGCACUGUGAAGAUUAUGAUUUAAGCAUUCACUACCAUCUGGGAAAGGAGAAAGUGGUAGCCGAUGCGCUAAGACGAAAGUCAGGAGGUACUUUGGUGCAUUUACCGAUAGCUAAAGAGAUUUCUGUUUGUGCCAUAGCACGUUCCUCUCUUAUUGAGCGUGUCAAGGCUAAGCAAUUUGAAGAUCCAAAUUUGGUGGAUAUUCGAAAUGGUGUACAAUCUAAAUAUAUCCUCGCUUUUUCUCUUGACGAGGAUGGGGUGUUGAGAAUGAACGGUUGCUUGUGCGUGUUAGAUAUUGAUGGACUUCGUAAUGAAAUUAUGGCUGAGGCACACAGAUCGAAAUGUUCUAUACAUCCAGGGUCCAUAAAAAUGUAUAAGGACUUGCGGGAGAUCUAUUGGUGGAAUCGAAUGAAGGAAAACAUUUCAGACUUCGUGGCUAGAUGUUUAAAUUGCUAG